CCCCGCCGGACCCCCGGCCCGACCCCGCCGCCCGCGCAAGAUGUCGGCGCGGACGCCAUUGCCCACGGUGAACGAGCGGGACACGGAGAACCAUACCUCUGUGGAUGGAUACCCUGAAGCACACAUCCCGCCUACCAAAUCAAGUAGCAGACAGAACAUUCCCAGGUGUAGAAACUCCAUUACAUCAGCCACGGAUGAACAGCCUCAUAUCGGAAAUUACCGCUUACAGAAAACAAUCGGAAAGGGAAACUUUGCCAAAGUGAAAUUGGCAAGACAUGUCCUGACAGGUAGAGAGGUAGCUGUGAAAAUAAUAGACAAAACUCAGCUAAACCCUAGCAGUCUACAAAAGUUGUUUCGAGAAGUACGAAUAAUGAAGAUACUGAACCAUCCUAACAUAGUGAAACUGUUUGAAGUUAUUGAAACAGAGAAGACACUAUACUUAGUCAUGGAAUAUGCAAGUGGGGGUGAAGUAUUUGAUUACUUAGUUGCCCACGGAAGAAUGAAAGAGAAAGAGGCCCGCGCAAAAUUUAGGCAGAUUGUGUCUGCUGUACAGUAUUGUCAUCAAAAAUGCAUUGUUCACCGUGAUCUUAAGGCUGAAAACCUUCUCCUUGAUGCUGAUAUGAAUAUUAAAAUUGCUGACUUUGGUUUUAGCAAUGAAUUCACAGUGGGGAACAAAUUGGACACAUUCUGUGGAAGCCCGCCUUACGCUGCCCCGGAGCUUUUCCAAGGCAAGAAGUACGAUGGGCCGGAAGUGGAUGUGUGGAGUCUGGGCGUCAUUCUCUACACGCUGGUCAGUGGCUCCCUGCCUUUUGACGGCCAGAAUCUAAAGGAGCUGCGAGAGCGAGUCCUGCGGGGGAAGUACCGUAUUCCCUUCUACAUGUCCACGGACUGUGAGAACCUCCUGAAGAAACUGCUAGUGCUGAACCCCAUAAAGAGGGGCAGCCUGGAGCAAAUCAUGAAGGACCGAUGGAUGAAUGUUGGUCAUGAAGAAGAAGAGCUAAAGCCAUAUUCUGAACCUGAGCUCGAUCUCAGUGAUGCAAAAAGAAUAGACAUUAUGGUCACUAUGGGUUUUGCACGAGAUGAAAUCAAUGAUGCCUUAGUAAGUCAGAAAUACGAUGAAGUUAUGGCUACUUAUAUUCUUCUAGGUAGAAAACCACCUGAAUUCGAAGGUGGUGAAUCAGUGUCGAGUGGAAACUUGUGCCAGCGAUCUCGGCCGAGCAGUGACCUGAACAAUAGCACUCUCCAGUCCCCUGCUCACCUGAAGGUCCAGCGAAGCAUCUCAGCCAACCAGAAGCAGCGCCGCUUCAGUGACCACGCUGGUCCCUCCAUUCCCCCCGCUGUAUCAUACACCAAAAGGCCUCAGGCCAGCAGUGUGGAAAGUGAGCAGAAAGAGGAGUGGGACAAAGACACAGCCCGCAGACUUGGCAGCACCACGGUGGGUUCAAAGAGCGAAGUGGCAGCCAGCCCCCUGGUGGGUCCAGACAGGAAAAAGUCUUCAGCUGGCCCGAGUAACAACGUAUAUUCUGGAGGUAGCAUGGCGAGGAGGAAUACGUAUGUGUGUGAAAGGACCACGGACCGGUAUGCAGCCCUGCAGAAUGGAAGAGACAGCAGCCUUACAGAGAUGUCUGCCAGCAGCAUGUCCUCUGCAGGUUCCACCAUGGCGUCUGCUGGCCCCUCAGCCCGUCCCCGCCACCAGAAGUCUAUGUCCACCUCUGGCCACCCUAUCAAAGUCACACUGCCAACCAUCAAAGAUGGCUCUGAAGCUUACCGGCCUGGCACUGCAACCCAGAGAGUGCCUGCUGCUUCCCCAUCUGCUCACAGUGUUAGUGCCAGCACCCCAGACAGGACCCGCUUUCCCCGAGGGAGCUCCAGCCGGAGCACCUUCCAUGGGGAGCAGCUCCGAGAGCGACGUAGUGCAGCUUACAGUGGGCCACCUGCCUCCCCAUCCCAUGAAGCGGGCACCUUUGCGCAUGCCAGAAGGGGAACAUCAACCGGGAUAAUAAGCAAAAUCACCUCCAAGUUCGUACGCAGGGAUCCAAAUGAAGGCGAAGCCAGUGGCAGAACCGACACAGCCAGAAGUACAUCAGGGGAGCCGAAAGAAAGAGACAAGGAAGAAGGUAAAGACUCCAAGCCGCGUUCUCUGCGGUUCACAUGGAGCAUGAAGACCACUAGCUCCAUGGACCCCAAUGACAUGAUGAGAGAGAUCCGAAAAGUGUUAGAUGCCAACAACUGUGACUAUGAACAGAAAGAAAGGUUCCUACUUUUCUGUGUCCAUGGAGACGCCAGGCAGGACAGCCUCGUACAGUGGGAAAUGGAAGUCUGCAAGUUGCCUCGGCUCUCACUGAACGGGGUCCGCUUCAAGCGAAUAUCUGGGACAUCUAUUGCCUUUAAGAACAUUGCAUCCAAAAUAGCAAAUGAGCUUAAGCUGUAAAGAUGUGUAAGCUUCGGAAUCAGGGAAGAUGCACCCACAUCUGAGGUACAGUUUUUGAAUGUACUGGGGAUGCCUACUGUGGUCCACCUGUGAAUCUCCCAUGUAGAAUUUGUCCUUAAUGCAAUAAGGUUAUACAUAGUUAUGAACUGUAAAAUUAAAGUCAGUAUGAGCUAUAAUAAGAAUCUGUAGCUUAAAAAGUAGGUUCACAUGUACAGGUAAGUAUAUUGUGUUUUUCUGUUCAUAGAGUUGUAUAAUAAAAUAUGAUUGCUUUAAAACCUGUAUAGUUGUCUAGAUCUCCACACAGAAGCGUGCAUUUAAUGCUUUCAGUUGAAAAUGGUUUUCCCUGUUAUUUACAUUUUGGUGGGUUUUUAAAAUUCUUACCUCCAUCAUGCUAUUUUGAAAAUUGUGUCCAGGAUUAAAAGCGCACAGAAAUAGUCUUUAAAAUUGUAGCAUGAACUUUAUAAAAUUAUUUUUAAAUCAUAUUUAAUUUAAACCAGAAGUUGACAGUGGAUCGAUGUCAUUCAGUUUCUCCUGCUUUUCUUGUUCUCAGCCUGUGUCAGACAAGGUGUAGUUAGGAGAUGCAAAAUGUUUACAGUGUUGGCACCUAGACUUUUCUAAACAAAGUGAAAAUAAACCAUAGCUUUGCCUUGAGCUAACUCAGAAGUACUGAGGGAAGAAAUUAAAUCUUUGCCAAGCUUAUUUUGCCCUUUGUUUUCUGACCUGCUAAUUAGCAGCAGAGACUGGAGGACUCCAUAGUCACUGGGCUGUUCUGAAACAAACCAGCACUUAGAUUAGCUGCCUUCAGGACACGCAGGGUAACUGCAGAAAUGCAAGGGUGUCGGGGCGUCUCAUAGCACAAGCUCCUGUGUACAGUGUUGAUGAAUGCGUUGGCUAAGAUAUGAUGCUGCCUCAGGAAUUGACUGGCAUUGGGAGCAUUUGCCCCGGUGUCUGCCCAGCCUCCAUCCACCCCACCACUCUAAUGUCUGCACUCGGGAGACCUAUGAGCAGGACCUGCUUGCCACACCCGCUUAUUAUGGAUGUAUGCUUGCCUGGUGGUUCACUUUGCUCCCUCAGAACUCAUUUGUUUUCAAUAUUUUGCCCAAGUUCUCAUGUUUCUUCCACAUCAUUAUGCCUGUAAUGUGCAGCUUUGUAACUGGUCAUUUGCCUUCUUUCAUAAUUAGUGACAUGAGCGAUGUAAAGCCACUAGUAUUCAUUAUUUUCAACUGAAUAGCCUUGGAGGUUGACUGUGCAAUGUUGUAAUUAAUGUUGUAAUUACUGUAAUAUCAGCGUAUGGGCCCCAUCUGCACACUCCUGAGAAGUAGAAAGUGUACUCAAAGCUUAUCAGUUGAAGGAAGAACAAUGAUGUGAUCAGUGCUGUCAUUGGAACCUACAGAUCAAUGCUUGUCGUUGGAAACUACACUGGAAAGCUGCCAGCGUAGGUGAUGGACUCUUCCACAGUGGCGUCUAGACAAAGAUGGUUUCAUCUUCUGUACUGUAUUGUGAUGUAGCUUUCUUCUGUACCAUUCUGUUCUAAAUGGUGUGUUUUCUUGCCUUAGGGAAGGAUGGUGUGGGGGGGCAACAAUCAAAACUGUGUAGGCCCUUUUCAACUUGGUGUUCAUUCAGAACAUUCGAUGCAGAUCUGCAUUCACUCACUGGUGCACACUGAAAUCUUACUUGAACAGAUCUCAUAAUAAAGCAUUUGUCUUUUGCUCUU